AAGGAGCUGGAAAGUCUGGUGUUUCGGAUCUAAUGCGGUGCGGAGCACCCUCUAAAAGUGGAGUGUCUGGGGAGGUGCGAAGGAGGGCACUGACUCGGCAAAGCCGUGCCUGAGCAGCAAAUGUGAGGUUGGAUAAAGAAAUAGGUGUGUUGUGGCAUCACGCACGUGUAUUUGACAUCAGGUAUUCAUGGUGAUUCGCGAAUUGUUAGUUACACAAAAGAAAAGGAGUGCGUGUGUACAUGUGGCAGGAAGGGGAUAAUAAACUUGUACAUUAUUCAAGAUACUUAUUUCUAACUUACAAAAGCAUUACACUGAUUUUAUUGGAACAAGAGAAAAGUUUGUGGUUUUUUUUUUUUUUUUAAAAGCUAGAAGUAAAGAGUCUCUGACAAGAAACAUUUAACAAUUUGAAGAACGUAAUUUAAUUAUUGCAGGAUAAGAGUGUCUUUGCUGAAGUCUAGCAACUGUAGUUUCAGCUAUUGUGAGUUUGGUUAUUACUAAUAUAGAUUUCAGUGAAGAGUUUUUACCAGCAGAUUUAGUGUAAUCUUCACUUCUAAAUUGGGAUUUUUCUCAUAGAUGUAUUAAUCUUUUUGUAGGGAUUGGCACAUUCAGAUUCUUUAUGCGACUUAUAAAAAUUUAAAGUCGUUCUUUGUUUGUCCCCAGUGUCUAUAUCAAAUUGAGAGUCCGGGGAAUGUUUAUUUGUGGUAACAAUAAAGCAUCUUCAGAAGGGAUAAUCAUGGGUCAAACCGGAAAAAAAUCUGAGAAGGGACCAAUUUGUUGGAGGAAACGUGUAAAAUCAGAAUAUAUGAGACUGAGGCAGCUUAAGAGGUUCCGACGUGCCGAUGAAGUAAAGAGUAUGUUUAAUUCUAAUCGUCAGAAGAUACUGGAAAGAACUGAAAUCUUAAAUCAAGAAUGGAAACAACGUAGGAUACAGCCUGUUCACAUCAUGACUUCUGUGAGCUCAUUGCGCGGGACCAGGGAGUGCUCUGUCACCAGUGACAUAGAUUUUCCAAAACAAGUCAUCCCUUUGAAGACUCUCAAUGCUGUUGCUUCUGUGCCUAUAAUGUAUUCUUGGUCUCCCCUUCAACAGAAUUUUAUGGUAGAGGAUGAAACUGUUUUACAUAACAUUCCAUAUAUGGGAGAUGAGGUGCUUGACCAGGAUGGUACCUUUAUUGAAGAACUCAUCAAGAACUAUGAUGGGAAAGUGCAUGGAGACAGAGAAUGUGGAUUUAUCAACGAUGAAAUAUUUGUUGAACUGGUCAAUGCCCUUGGUCAAUAUAGUGAUGAUGAAGAUGAUGAUGAUGGAGAUGACAAUCCUGAGGAAAGAGAUGACAAGCAAAAAGAUCGGGAAGAGAAAGAAAGCCACCCACCUCGGAGAUUUCCUUCUGACAAGAUAUUUGAAGCCAUUUCCUCCAUGUUUCCAGACAAGGGUACAGCAGAAGAACUGAAAGAGAAAUAUAAAGAACUCACUGAGCAGCAACUUCCUGGAGCUCUUCCCCCUGAAUGCACACCGAACAUAGAUGGACCAAAUGCUAAAUCCGUUCAGAGGGAGCAAAGCCUGCACUCUUUUCACACACUCUUCUGUAGACGCUGUUUUAAAUAUGAUUGCUUCUUACAUCCAUUCCAUGCAACUCCUAAUACUUAUAAACGAAAGAAUACAGAAACAGCAUUAGAUAAUAAGCCUUGUGGACCGCACUGUUACCAACAUUUGGAAGGUGCAAAGGAGUUUGCAGCUGCCUUGACUGCUGAGCGUAUAAAGACACCACCAAAGCGCCCGGGUGGCCGCCGGAGGGGGAGACUUCCAAACAACACCAGCAGGCCCAGCACGCCAACAAUAAAUGUCUUGGAAUCAAAGGACACGGACAGCGACCGAGAAGCUGGAACGGAAACUGGAGGAGAAAACAAUGAUAAAGAAGAAGAAGAAAAGAAAGAUGAAACAUCCAGUUCCUCUGAAGCAAAUUCUAGGUGUCAAACACCGAUAAAGAUGAAGCCAAAUAUUGAGCCUCCGGAGAAUGUGGAAUGGAGUGGUGCAGAAGCCUCAAUGUUUAGAGUUCUUAUUGGCACCUACUAUGACAACUUCUGUGCAAUUGCCAGACUGAUUGGGACCAAAACGUGCAGACAGGUGUAUGAGUUUAGAGUAAAGGAAUCUAGUAUUAUUGCACCAGUCCCUGCUGAAGAUGUUGAUACUCCUCCCAGAAAGAAGAAAAGGAAACACAGGUUGUGGGCUGCUCAUUGCAGAAAGAUACAGCUGAAAAAGGAUGGGUCAUCGAAUCAUGUUUACAACUAUCAGCCAUGUGAUCACCCACGUCAGCCUUGUGAUAGCUCAUGCCCAUGUGUAAUUGCUCAAAACUUCUGUGAGAAGUUUUGUCAGUGCAGCUCAGAAUGCCAAAACCGGUUUCCUGGAUGCCGCUGUAAAGCGCAGUGCAACACCAAGCAGUGCCCGUGUUACCUGGCUGUGCGUGAGUGUGAUCCUGACCUCUGUCUCACCUGCGGAGCAGCUGACCACUGGGACAGCAAAAAUGUCUCCUGCAAGAACUGCAGCAUUCAGAGAGGAUCCAAAAAACACUUACUAUUGGCACCUUCAGAUGUGGCAGGCUGGGGAAUUUUUAUUAAAGAUCCUGUACAGAAGAAUGAAUUCAUCUCUGAAUACUGUGGUGAGAUUAUUUCUCAGGAUGAGGCAGACAGAAGAGGAAAAGUGUACGACAAAUACAUGUGCAGCUUUCUGUUUAACUUGAAUAAUGAUUUUGUGGUUGAUGCAACACGCAAGGGCAACAAAAUUAGAUUUGCAAACCAUUCAGUAAAUCCCAACUGCUAUGCAAAAGUUAUGAUGGUUAAUGGUGAUCACAGAAUAGGAAUAUUUGCUAAAAGAGCCAUUCAGACUGGUGAAGAACUGUUCUUUGACUACAGAUAUAGCCAAGCUGAUGCCCUUAAGUAUGUGGGCAUUGAAAGAGAAAUGGAAAUCCCUUGACACCAGCUACCUCUUCUUUUAAACAAACAGCUGCCUUAUCUUCAGGAAUUUCUAGUACUGUGGGCAAUUUUAGAAAAAUAAAAAUGAUGCAAUUUGAAAUUAUGUAUUUGCAAAGUACUGUAACAGUAAUUUAUAGUAACAAAUUUAAGAAAAACAAACAACUUUUUAUUGCCUUCUCACCAGCUGCGAAGUGUUUUGUACCUAUGAACUUUUGCAAUAAUGUGGUGUGGUACAUUUUUCAACCUUGAAUAAAGGAUACUUGAACUUCUUCGUUUUUACUGGAA